ACACCGUAAAACCUGCGGGUUUCUACGGUAACCGGUAGCGCGCAGGUCACGGGGUGCGAGAAUGCGAACGAGAAUGCGCAGUGCACUACGCGUCGCCUCUUCAUAACAGUGUGGAUACUUUGAUGUAGGCUACUAUCAUCAUCAACAGCAUCAAAGGCUUUUAUCGUCGCAGAAGGGUGACAGUAAAAGCCGUUGAAAUAAACUAGAGAUUUUUUCACUUGUGUGGUCUUUCCUAGGGGAGUCACUGGAAUUGGACCAUCGCAACGUCAUUAUGCAUAUGAACAGUUUACUAAACCGGUGGAAUGAGAUUUCAAACGUAUGUGAGGUGGAUGCUCCAGAACCGGUCAGCCCCACGCUGCUCAGCGAGUCCACAGAUACGUACUGCCAGACGGACUGCUGGUACAGACUUCGUACCACCGUCCGCAAGCUGGAAUUCUGGGAAGACUUUAGCGCAGAGCUCAUCGGAACCGGAUUCUUCUCUAGAGUCUACAAGGUGAUGCACAGCACUACGAAGAAGGUCAUGGUGGUAAAGAUCUAUAAAAAUGAUGUGGAUCAGGACAGCAUUGUGAGGGAGAUCAGCCUCCUUCAGAAGCUCUCCCACCCCAACAUUGUGAGGUAUCUGGGGAUCUGCGUGAAGGAGAACAAGCUGUACCCCAUUCUUGAGUAUGUUAGCGGAGGCUGUCUGGAGGAGCUGCUGGCCAGGGCUGACGUCAAUCUCUGCUGGAGAGAGAAAAUCGAGCUGGCCUGUGAUAUUAGCCGAGGAAUGACCUAUCUCCACUACAAGAACAUCUACCACAGAGACCUCAACUCCAAGAACUGCUUAAUACGUGUGACCUCGCGAGGCAGAGAGGCGGUGGUUACUGAUUUUGGCUUGGCCAGAGAGGUGGGGGAGUUGCCAGCAAAUGACCCCGAUAGGAAGAUGUCUCUGGUGGGGUCUGCAUUCUGGAUGGCCCCUGAAAUGCUCAGAGGGGAACCGUACAACCGCAAGGUCGAUGUCUUCUCUUUUGGGAUCAUGCUGUGUGAGAUCUUGGCAAGAAUCCCUGCCGACCCAGAAGUGCUUCCCAGAACCCAGGACUAUGGGCUGAACAUGGAGUCAUUCAGAGAGUUGGUGCAGGGAUGCCCAGAGCAGGUUCUGGAAAUUUCUGCCAGAUGUUGCCAGAUGGAUGCCUUCAGAAGACCUUCAUUCUCAGAAAUUCUAGAUAAGCUUGAGGACAUUGCUGAGACCCUAGAGCCUACAGACAACAUCCUGACCACAGGUUGAUCCUGAUCAACAAAGUCAUGGUGGACUAAAAGAAUUAAUGGACUUGGCUGCAUGGGAGUCUGCAGUGAUGGACCAUGACUACUGCUUUUUUCCUCUGUAAAGGGAACGUAAUGGAGGACAAAACCACUCAACUGAACGGCCACUCAAUUUUCAGUUCUGCACACCCUUUCUGCAGUGUGACACUGAAUGAUGGAGCGAGGGCAAGUGAGAGGUUAAAUGUUUCCCUUUCUUUGUUUUUUUCUGUUGUGUCGAAAUAAGUUAUUCUUUGGGGACCAACUCGAAAGACCAAAUUUCCUCUGGACCAAACCUCGAUUCCUGCAAAAUUGAAAGCGUAAGCAGAGGUUGCACAGAUCUGGAAAAAACUAAACUAUGGAAGUGCUAGAUUUAUUUUUCAUCUUACCUUUUUUACCUAUCUUACGUACAUAUAAAAGUAAGUGGCCUUGACAUUUA